GCUGCAGGAGCCGGAGGAGGAGGAGAGCGAGGACGAGAGCGAGGUGCUGGAGGAGAGCCCCUGCGGCCGAUGGCAGAAGCGCAGCGAGCAGGUCAACCAAGGCAACAUGCCCGGCCUGCAGAACACCUUCCUGGCCAUGGACACUGAGGAAGGGGUGGAGGUGGUCUGGAACGAGCUGCACUUUGCUGACCUGCAGGCCUUCAAGGCUCACGAGGAGAAGGUGAAGACCAUGUUUGAGCAGUUGGUGGAAGUUGACCACCCCAACAUCGUGAAGGUGCACAAGUACUGGCUGGUGAUGAAGGACGUCAUGGCCCAGGUGAUCUUCAUCACGGAGUACGUCUCCUCAGGCAGCCUGAAGCAGUUCCUGAAGAAGACCAAGAAGAACCACAAAGCCAUGAACGUUCGGGCCUGGAAGCGCUGGUGCACACAGAUCCUCUCGGCCCUCAGCUACCUGCAUGCCUGUGAGCCUCCCAUCAUCCACGGUAACCUCACCAGCGACACGAUCUUCAUCCAGCACAAUGGGCUCAUCAAAAUCGGGUCAGUUUGGCACAGAAUCUUUGCAGAGGCCAUCCCAGCGGACCUCCGCAGCUCGCUCCGUGCUGGCCAAGAGGAGCAACAGAACCUGCACUUCUUCCCCCCGGAGUACGGCCGUGCAGCUGAUGGGACAGCCGUGGACAUCUUCUCCUUCGGGAUGUGUGCCCUGGAGAUGGCUGUGCUGGAGAUCCAGUCCAAUGGGGACGCCUGCGUGUCGGAGGAGGCCAUCGAGCGGGCCAGGCACUCCCUGGAUGACCCCAACAUGCGGGAGUUCAUCCUGAGCUGCCUCCUGCUGGACCCUGCCCAGCGCCCUUCGGCCCACAGCCUGCUCUUCCACCGCGUCCUCUUUGAGGUCCACUCUCUGAAACUGCUGGCCGCCCACUGCUUCAUCAACCACCAGUACCUCAUGCCUGAGAACGUGGUGGAGGGGACGACCAAGAGCCUGGACCUCAACAUGGUGAUGGCGGAGAUGAAGCGCCGAGGCCGCCCUCCCGUGCAGUGGAGGUACUCAGAAGUUUCUUUCCUGGAGCUGGACAAGUUCUUGGAGGAUGUGAGGAACGGCAUCUAUCCCUUGAUGAACUUUGCCACCACACGGCCCCACACCCUCCCGCGGUCAGCCUCCCAAGGCCCCGAGGACCCCCAGAAAGCCUCAACCCCCACCCCAGAGCCCUUCGAUGUGGAGACCAGGAAGGUGGUGCAGGUGCAGGGCAGCAUGGAGUGGAGCGAGGAGAAGGGCCAGUGGCACCUCACUCUCCUGCUGGUUCUCGAGGACAAGCUCCACCGACAGCUCAGCUAUGACCUGCUGCCAACUGACCAUCCCGGGGACCUGGCCGCCCAGUUGGUGCAUUACGGAUUCAUCCACCUGGAUGACCGUGAGAAGCUGGCCGCCUUCCUGGAGAGUGCCUUCCAUCGGCAUCAGCCAGCUCCCUCCUGAGCUGCCCCUGCCA